AACCAGACUUCCAACCAAUUAGAGGGGAAGUUCAGAUAACCUUUUUGCUUCUCACCUGGUAGGUUUUGCAGGUGUACCAUUAAGAGCCGAAGAACAUGCGGUCCUUUUCCAACAGGGACGAAUCCUUCCCCACUCCGCCACCUUACUACUCACCAGAUGACAAAACGGGACACCAAGUAAAGAUCUAUCACAUUCACUCACCAUUGAGAUGCUCUCCUGCACCCCUUACACAUCUUCCUUGUUCCGUUGACAUUCCUCCUGGAGAACCAUGCCCUACCAAGUCGCCUUUGCAAGGAUUGUGUGCGACCCCCGUGUUGACCCCCAUACCGAAAUUUGUGAGCCACGAAAGUGACUUGUACCGCUCCCCUGCUUUGACGUCAUGUCCCUCCUGCCGUGCCCGGGUGACCACCAGGGUGCGCUACAGAGUCGGAACAUACUCAUGGAUCGUUUGUGUGGUGUUUGUGCUUUGUGGGUUGAUUUUGGGCUGUUGUCUGCUUCCGUUUCUUCUGAAUCAUUUCAAAGAUGCUCAUCACUCCUGCCCUCAAUGUCAUCGCCUUCUUCACGUGCAUCGUAGGACCUGCUAUUAAUGACGGCAGCUGCGACCAUUUUUUUAAAUUUGUCAUUGUUAUUCUGAACUGUAUUAAUAAAUGGUUUUUUAGGUGGGUAAACAUGGCGUGAAAUGUAAAUUGAAA